CGCAGAAAUAAUAUCCAACAACUGCAGUGUGCUUAAUUCCUGUUUUGGAUCUGAUUUGUGUUUUUCGUCGAUUCCGUGGAUCAAUCCUUUGUUGAAUAUAUACAAUAGAAACAGUUUGCAAUUGUCAGACGGUAAGGACCUUUUCUUUUCUUCAACUAUUUGUGAAGUGGAUGCCUCGACAACUAAGUUUCUUUGCUACCACUACUCUAUGAAUGGACGUGGGAGCCACCAACAGCUGGGCAUGACACAGCAUGUACAGUUGGGUUGGCUAUAUCUUUUCCGUUAGGUGUGGUGUUGUGGGGCACAUGAAAUUGAAGUCAUAUUAUAAUACCAUUUUCACUCUUCAUUUGCUUUUCCUUUUCUAGUAUUUAAUUCUAUUAUUGUGUCUUGGGUGACGGACAUGCCAAUUGCCAAGCAUCGGCCGAAACCGUCCCUGGUGAUUCCAAACUUCAUAAUGGUUUCCGGUUCACACAAUUGUGUUUCCUUUUUUAAUUAAUAUUUUUUAGUUGGAGAUGUUCAAAACAGCUGUACUGUAUCUUCAAUUUUCUUUGCCAUAUCCUCCUUUGCACCUCUCUCUUUCUCUCGUCCGAUUCUUUAUAAUCAUCAUCUCUGUGUUGAAGCUAUCUACAUAAUUAAACUCCCGUCAGCUCCAACCCUCUCAAACUGUUCAUUCUCUGAAAAUAUGGCUGGUUCAGAGGGGAGGCCAUUGGUUGAGGCAGUGGAACAGAAGGAAGAUUUCUACGAGGAGCAAGAGUCCAGUGGAUGUGGGUAUGGAUGCUUUCGGGGAUUUGGGUUGAGUUGGUGCAGGGGAGGCCGUGAAGAAGAGAAAAAUGGUGAUUCGUGGGUGAGUUGCAAGUUGAGGAAUAUUAAGGAGUUUACAGAAGUGAUUGCAGGUCCCAAGUGGAAAACAUUCAUUAGAAAGAUAAGCGGGUAUGGAAAGAAGCAGCAGAAGAACAGAUUUCAGUAUGACGAACACAGCUAUGCUCUCAACUUCAAUAGUGGGGCUCAGAGUGAAGAUGAUGACAUGCCUCCCUCUUUCUCAGCUAGAUUUACUGCUCCUUUCCCUUCUGCUCGUCGCCAAACCGAACAAUGAUUUCUUUCUCAACAUUUUAUUGCGUAACUUGUUAGUGUUUUUAAUCGCUACAUUCAUCAAUCAUUCAUUCUGUAAAGAUCAUUCUUUUUGUUCAAACUGUUUUGCAUUUCGUCUUUC